AAUAAAAACAAACAACGAAAUAUAUUUACAAAAGGUUCUUUAUAUAAUUUGCUCUAUUUAGGUAGUAUAAUAAUGUCUGUUCAAACCGUUGCCGCUUGCAUAGUAAUGGCUAAAAUUCACGAAGCGCUGAAACCAAUCCAGUGGCUUGUCGGAACCUGGGAAACGGUAAGUGCCAAGGGUCACUUUCCAACCAUCAAGGACUUUGUAUACUCUGAGGUGCUCAAAUUUGAAUCCGUUGGUCAACCACUGCUGAACUAUGAGGCCCGGUCGCGCAAUCCUACGACGGGAGCUCCGAUGCACUUGGAGAGCGGGUUUUUGCGGAUUAAACCCGGCACCAAUCAGCUGGCUUUUAUGAUCUCGCACAACUUUGGCCUGGCGGUACUAGAGGAAGGAACAGCCUCGGAAGGGAGGCUCGAGCUCGAAUCCCGGUCUAUUAGUCGGAUGUCCUUCGCUAAGGAUCCGUCGGUGAAGGUCCUUAAAAAGAUGUACAAAUUGAAUGAAGACGGCACCCUGGAAAUACGUACCGACAUGGAAACGGACACCACUCCGAUGACCAACCAUCUGGUGGCCGUUUAUAAGAGAAAAGAGCUAUGAUCCACUCAUAUCACGGUAGAUAGUAGUAGCUGUAGCCUUCGGAGUUGCUCGUGAUGUACCACUGCGUAUUGUGAGCAGGAAUGUGAUGAAGGGCGUUAUUGUUCGAAUCUAAGCUAAGGUAAGCUGUUGAUGCGGCAGGCUGAGGAGCCGCAGGGGGUGGGUUAUAGGAAGGCAUAUCGUAGCAGUAGUCCAUAGCAUGGGAUGGCGGGGGAGUUGUCGAGUACUGGAGUUCCCUUCGCAGAUGCUGAAUAUAUUGAAUAGCAAGUCUGAAAAUCAUAAAGCCAUUAUUGGGAUAUUGUAGAA